AUUCAAAACAUAGAGAAAGAGCAGUUUGGGCAUGAUAGGUUGAACUAGCGGAUUUCCUUUCGUCUUGUCAUUUGUUGGGAUGGGACCGGGACGGAAACCACCUAGGCAACGAAAAUGUAAAACAACCAAUCAAGGUCAAGAACGGCGCAGCGCGGUGAAACAGGGCUACCAACAAAAAGACGGAACACGGAAAACAUGGCGAGUAGGGGCGGGAUCAAACGAGAACGACUCAUUCGGAUUGGAAGAAAAAAAAGAAGAUUCAGCUCAUUUACCAUUCCUUUUUUCCCCCCUUUUCACCUUUCGGUAAUUUCUUUGGGGCAUUUUUGGAGGCUACAACAUAGAACAAGAGAAAAGGAAAAAAGAUACAAGGGGAUUCGGAUCGGAGUUUCUGAUAUUGUUAUUUCAACGAAUAGGAAGAUUAGUUCAGUGGUUCUUGCUUUUAUUUUGGUUCGAGGAAGACAUCAAUCCCCAUCAGAUUGGUCAACUAUUCGAGAUACUUUAAAGUCACUUGCCCUUGCUCAUUGAUCUCGAAGGCGUCGUUUAGUUCAAGCCGUGUCAAACGUGAGUAAUCUUGUAUCAAAUAUCGGAUUUUCCAUGUUCUCGAC